AUGUGUCCUUUGACCGAGGUCCUGAAGGGCAACCAAAAGAAGCUGACGUUGGGAGAAGCCCAACAGCGCGCUUUCGACUGCACAAAGUCGUCCCUCAGCAGAGCCACAACCUUGGCUGACCAGGACCCUGACGCGCCCCUGACACUCACCACUGAUGCCAGCAACAACGCAUGCGGCGCUGUCCUGGAACAGCUGGUUAAUGACGUCCCCAUGCCGCAAGCCUUCUUCAGCAGGAAGCUGAAACCCGCAGACACCUGCUACAGCACCUUUGACCGCGAGCUCCUCGCUGUCUACCAGGCUGUGCGCCACUUCAAGUACCUCCUGGAAGGUGUCCCAUUCACCAUAAGGAUGGACCACCAGCCGCUGGUCCACACCUUCAUAAAGGGGGGCGAUGCUUGGUCCGCAAGACAGCAACAUCACCUCGCAGCUGUCUCUGAAUUCAGGUGCUCCAUCAAGUACGUCACCAGCAGAAGGAACUCCCUGCACCUCGGCGUGGACUACAAGGACCUAGCGCUUGAGCGAGCCUCCGACCCCAAAGUACCAGCCUACCAGACCGCCAUCACCGCCCUCCGAUGGGAGGACAGUCCCUUCGGCCCUUCCAAGACGACACUCCUCUGCGACACCAGCACAUGCCGCCCACGCCCCCUGAUACCCGCUUCCCAGAGGAAGCAGGUAUUCGACGUGAUCCACGGUCUCUCGCACCCGUUGCCCUGCAUGGCAUCCACACUCAUGACAGAAAGGCAUCUUCCCUCAACCCAGGUGGAGAUUCGGGCAUAUCCACGUCAACGUCGUCGGGCCCUUCCCCCAUCCGACAAUACCAGAUACCUCCUGACAGUGAUCGACCAGUCCACCAAGUGGCCAGAAGCCACCCCGAUAUCAGAAGGCCCCAUAUACACCUACGCCGAAGCCCUCCUAUCCAGCUGGAUCAGCCGCUUCAGAGUGCCAGACGACAUCACUACAGACAGGGGAACCGCCUUCACCUCAGAACUCUGGACCUCCCUGGCACGCCUGAUGGGGACCAAGCACCAUAUGACCAUGGCCUACAAUCCUGCAGCCAAUGGCAUGGUGGAAAGGACCCACUACUCCCUCAAGGCCUCCUUGAUGACAUGCUGCACAGAACCUGACUGGAAGGCACAGCCACCGUGGGUCCCCCUCGGCCUCCGCACCACCCCAAGAGCCAAUGGCAACCCAUCACUGGCAGAGAAGGUUUACGGCAAGACCUGA